AUGGUGUUCGCGCGUGUUCUCACGGGCUCCGUUCGUCGCGGACCCGCCAAAUCUCGCUCCGUUUCCCUCCCCUCUCGGCUAUCGCCACCCAGCUCCACUCGCUCCGUUAUAAACACCACCACUCCCUGCAUCGCGCCUCAUGCUUGUAGCGGAGCAGCAGCGCUGCGGCCUAUAGCGGGGAUGCCGCCGCUCCUGCCGUUCGCAGCAGCGGCGGCUGUUGCGUCAUCGUCGACACUAGCAGGAGCCGGGGGGGCGGUAGUAGGGUCGCCCAGCGGCGUGGCAUGCGGGCCGCAGCUGACGGAGGCAUUGGAUUCGUCGCCUUCUGCUCCCGCCGCACACGUUUUUAAACAACCGUCAGUGAUUGAGCUGGAGCGGCUACAGGCGGAGGCGCUGAAGGGCGGGGGGUUCGAGCGGAUAAAGAAGCAGCACAAGCAGGGCAAGCUGACGGCGAGAGAGCGAAUCAUGACUCUGCUCGACCCAGGGUCGUUCGAAGAGCUCGACAUGUUGGUGCAGCAUCGCUGUCGGGACUUUGGCAUGGAUGAAACGCAGAUUGCAGGCGAUGGCGUUGUGACUGGCAGCGGCACCAUCAAUGGGAGGCUGGUGUUUGUGUUCAGCCAGGACUUCACCGUGUUUGGAGGCAGCUUAUCGGAGACCCAUGCGAGCAAGAUAGUGAAGAUCAUGGAGAAGGCAAUGCGUGUGGGAGCACCCGUCAUAGGCAUCAACGAUUCGGGGGGAGCGCGCAUUCAGGAGGGCGUUGUGUCGCUCGCCGGCUAUGCCAACGUGUUUCAGCUGAACGUGCUGGCAUCGGGAGUCAUUCCGCAGCUCUCCCUCAUCAUGGGGCCCUGCGCAGGUGGUGCUGUCUACUCGCCUGCUCUCACGGAUUUCGUGGCCAUGACUCGAGGCACGGCCUACAUGUUUGUCACGGGGCCUGACGUGGUGAAGCAAGUCACGUUUGAGGAUGUCACUCGGGAUGAGCUGGGGGGAGCAGACGUGCAGUCCAAGUCAGGAGUGGUGCACCUGGCGUAUGACAACGAACUCGAUGCUCUCGCAAGGAUCCGGGACCUCUUUGACUUCCUGCCGCUGUCCAAUCAGCAUGCGCCACCCUUGCGACCCAACUUCGACUCCCCCAAGCGUGUGACGCCGUCGCUGGACUUUGCUGUGCCGCGGGACCCCAACACGGCAUACGACAUGGUGGAGAUCAUCGAGCAGGUGGUGGACGAUGGGGAGAUGUUUGAGGUGCAGGGCGGCUUUGCACGCAACAUCCUCAUUGGAUUCGCGAGGCUGGACGGGGGCACGGUGGGAGUGGUGGCGAAUCAGCCCAAGGAGCAGGCGGGCUGCCUCGAUAUCAACGCCUCCAUCAAGGGAGCUCGCUUCGUGCGCUUCUGCGAUGCGUUCAACAUCCCCAUCCUCACAUUCGUCGACGUCCCAGGCUUCCUCCCAGGCACGGAGCAGGAGCACAAUGGCAUCAUCAGGCAGGGGGCGAAGCUGCUGUAUGCGUAUGCAGAGGCCACGGUGCCCAAGCUCACUGUCAUCACUCGCAAGGCGUAUGGGGGGGCAUACGACGUCAUGAGUUCCAAGCACCUGAGGGGGGACGCCAACUACGCGUGGCCAUCCGCAGAGAUUGCAGUGAUGGGAGCCAAGGGCGCAGCAGAGAUCCUGCACAGGGGCAGCGUGGACCUGGAGAGUCUGACAGCCGAGUACACACGCAAGUUCGCCAACCCGUACAGUGCGGCGCAGCUGGGGUAUGUGGAUGCGGUCAUCAUGCCCAGGGACACACGCAAGGUGCUCUGCAAGGAGAUGGCCCGCCUGAGGAACAAG